UUCGUAAUGUUGACCAAUAACAUCUCUGUCAACCAGAAAGUAAUGAGGGAAGUAUUAUGCACAGCCCCAGCUCCGAAAGCAACAUCUAGUGCAUCCACAGAAAAAUGCGACCAAUCUUUCUUCCUCUUCUACUAUUACAGGAUGGAAGAUGAGGCUGUACUGGACAGAGGAGCCUCCUUUAUCAAACAUGUCUGUGAUGAAGAGGAAGUAGAGGGUCACCAUACUGUUUAUAUUGGGGUCCAUGUCCCAAAGAGCUACCGCAGAAGGAGACGUCGUCGGAGACGAACAGGGGCGAAGGAACGGAAUAAAGAGCGGGAAAGGUCAGCUGAGGCUUCUGAUCGCUCAGACACUGAAACCAAUGAUGACCCAACAAGUGGGAGUCUCUUCAAACCGCUCCUCUCACCUGCUGCUGAGAGGAUUCGCUUCAUCUUGGGGGAGGAUGACGAAAGUCCAGCCCCACAGCUCUUCACGGAAUUGGAUGAACUCCUGGCCGUGGAUGGACAGGAGAUGGAAUGGAAGGAAACAGCCAGGUGGAUCAAAUUUGAAGAGAAGGUUGAAGAAGGGGGUGAGCGAUGGAGCAAACCUCAUGUGGCCACGCUGUCCUUGCACAGUUUAUUUGAACUCCGGACGUGUAUAGAGAAGGGACUGGUCCUGCUGGAUCUGGAAGCUUCGACACUCCCACAGAUUAUUGAGACAAUCAUUGAUAACCAAAUUGCUCACGGGCUUUUAAAAGCCGAGCUGAAGGAGAAGGUGACCUACACGCUCCUGCGCAAGCAUCGGCAUCAGACGAAGAAAUCCAACCUCCGCUCGCUGGCUGAAAUUGGGAAGACGGUGUCAAGUGCAAGUAGGCUGUUUUCCGCCUCGGAUAAUGGUAGCCCCGGAUUAACACAUCGGAACCUGACUACAGGGAGCAUGAACGAUAUCUCGGACAAACCAGACAAGGAUCAGCUCAAGAACAAAUUCAUGAAGAAGCUCCCACGUGAUGCAGAAGCGUCCAAUGUGCUGGUGGGUGAGGUGGACUUCCUGGACAUUCCGUUUAUUGCCUUUGUACGUCUGCAGCAAGCUGUGAUGCUGGGUGCUCUGACCGAGGUUCCCGUGCCAACCAGGUUUCUGUUUGUUCUGCUUGGACCUAAAGGCAAGGCAAAAUCAUACCAUGAAAUUGGGAGAGCAAUCGCCACACUCAUGUCUGAUGAGCUGUUUCACGACAUCGCCUACAAGGCGAAGGAUAAUGCUGAUCUCCUGGCCGGAAUUGACGAGUUCCUGGAUGAGGUGAUUGUCCUUCCUCCUGGAGAAUGGGAUCCUGAGAUACGAAUAGAGCCUCCAAAGUCACUCCCUUCAUCCGACAAAAGGAAGAACAUGUUUGCCGGAGGGGAAGCUAUCCAGAUGAACGGAGACAUGCCUCACGAUGGGGGACAAGGAGGUGGCGGGCAUGAAAUCCCAGACGAACUGAAGAAAACAGGAAGAUUGUUUGGGGGUUUUAUGGCUGAUAUCAGAAGGAAGAUCCCAUGGUUUGCCAGUGAUUUUUAUGACGCACUGAGCAUCCAGUCACUUUCUGCCGUUCUGUUUAUCUACCUGGGCACUGUGACCAAUGCCAUCACCUUUGGAGGUCUCCUUGGGGAUGCCACUGACAACAUGCAGGGUGUGCUGGAGAGUUUCCUGGGCACAGCGAUUAGUGGAGCUGUCUUCUGUCUCUUCGCUGGACAGCCACUCACCAUCCUUAGCAGCACGGGGCCGGUGCUGGUCUUUGAACGUCUCCUGUACAGCUUCAGCAAAGACAAUAGCUUUGACUACCUUGAGUUCCGUCUCUGGAUCGGUUUGUGGUCGUCCUUCCUCUGUCUCAUUCUCGUUGCCACUGAUGCAAGUUUCCUGGUGCGUUACUUCACUCGCUUCACUGAGGAAGGCUUCUCAUCACUCAUCAGCUUCAUCUUCAUCUACGAUGCCUUCAAGAAGAUGUUUAAGCUGUCUCACCACUACCCAAUCAACACAGACUUCAAAGAGGAUUACAUCACUCUGUUUGGAUGUGCAUGCCUCCCACCUGAGCCAGGUGCUAAUUCAAGCCUUCAUUGGAAUGACACUGACUCAGCAAAUUCAACCAUCAUCUACCUGGCCAAUAGCAGCACUCCGGUGAACAUGAGCAUCGACUGGUCUUCACUGACAAAGACAGAUUGCGAAGGCUACGGCGGCAGAGUGGUUGGUACGAGUUGUGGCUUUUUCCCCGAUGUCACCUUGAUGUCAUUCAUCCUCUUCCUCGGCACCUAUACCUGCUCCAUGGCACUGAAGAAUUUCAAAACCAGCCCUUACUUCCCAACCACGAUCCGGAAGCUGAUAAGUGACUUUGCCAUCAUCUUGGCCAUUCUGAUCUUCUGUGGACUUGAUGCUCUGGUUGGGGUUGACACACCAAAGCUUAUAGUGCCAAGCGAGUUCAAGCCAACCAGUCCAAACCGGGGCUGGGUUGUUCCCCCUUUCGGUGGUAACCCGUGGUGGGUGUGCCUAGCGGCUGGGCUCCCGGCUCUGCUCAUCACCAUCCUGAUCUUCAUGGACCAGCAAGUCACCGCGGUGAUAGUCAACAGGAAGGAGCACAAACUCAAGAAAGGGGCUGGUUAUCACCUUGAUCUCUUCUGGGUGGCGAUCCUAAUGGCGCUCUGCUCGGUGAUGGGGUUGCCAUGGUACGUCGCAGCCACUGUGAUCUCCAUCGCACACAUCGACAGCUUAAGGAUGGAGACAGAGACAUCUGCCCCUGGGGAACUGCCCAAGUUUCUGGGUGUCAGGGAACAGCGUGUGACUGGGACAAUAGUCUUCAUUCUAACUGGUGUAUCCGUCUUCAUAGCUCCCAUACUAAAGUACAUCCCAAUGCCAGUACUUUAUGGAGUUUUCCUCUACAUGGGAGUAGCUUCUCUGAAAGGUGUGCAGUUCAUGGACCGAUUGAAAUUGCUGCUGAUGCCCCCGAAACACCAGCCGGACUUCAUCUACCUGCGUCAUGUACCCCUGCGCAGAGUUCACCUCUUCACCUUCAUCCAGGUGAUCUGUCUCGCUCUGCUCUGGAUCCUCAAAUCAACCGUGGCAGCUAUCAUUUUCCCAGUCAUGAUCCUCGCACUUGUGGCUGUUCGGAAGGCAAUGGACUACAUCUUCUCCCAGCACAAUCUCAGUUUCCUGGAUGAUGUAAUUCCGGAAAAGGACAAGAAAAAGAAGGAGGAUGACAAGAAGAAGAAAAAGAAGCAGAGUAUGGACAGCGAUAACGAGGAUGAGAAAAGCCCCCGAUGUUCCUUGAACGACAUACUUCAUGCUGAUCCAAUUCCUUUUCUUCAGCCAAUCACUCUGUCUAGCCCUCCAACCACUCCAAUAAGAAAUGUGCCUCAAAUAAGAAUAGAGCUUGAUCCGGACUCUGACACAGACUCGAUGUGGAGAGGGAGGGGCGCUGAAACAGCACUCUAACUCUCCACCCACUAUCGACAUGCCAAUACUUCGAGGUGACUCUCUCCCAUCCUGGCAGCCAUACCAUGGAAUUAUGACUGGGUUACACCCCAGCAAAGGGCUUUGGGCGCACUGUGUCCCUCCAUCCCUUUCUCACAUCACCCUCACCCAGUUCAAAGCUCUUCUCCCUGGACUGAAGAACAAAUGGGUUUUUGAGGGGUAGGGGGAAUUGUGAGGUGAGGUGAG